GAGGGCGCCUUGGUGGAGGAUCUCCUCCGUGGACCGGGCUGGGCAAAUUUUGGGUCCGCGCUCUGCUCCCACUCCUUGGCCACCAUGACCGACCGCUCCACCUUCGACACCAACGUGACCACGCUGACCCGCUUCGUGAUGGAGGAAGGGCGCAAGGCCAAGGGCACCGGGGAGCUCACCCAGCUGCUCAACUCCCUCUGCACCGCCGUCAAGGCCAUCUCCACCGCCGUGCGCAAGGCGGGCAUCGCCAACCUUUAUGGAAUGGCCGGUUCUACCAAUGUGACAGGAGAUCAAGUAAAGAAAUUAGAUGUCCUUUCCAACGACAUGGUGAUCAACAUGCUCAAGUCAUCUUUCACAACUUGUGUAAUUGUGUCAGAAGAAAACCCGAAUGCGAUCAUAGUGGAAGAAGACAAACAAGGCAAAUACAUUGUCUGCAUGGAUCCACUUGAUGGCUCUUCUAACAUCGACUGCCUUGUUUCUAUUGGAACCAUUUUUGCUAUCUACAGAAAGGUUUCUCCUGGUGCACCUUCUGAGAAAGAUGCUCUGCAGCCUGGACGCAAUCUUGUGGCCUCUGGCUAUGCCCUCUAUGGCAGUGCCACCAUGCUUGUUUUGGCUCUGGAAUGUGGCGUCAACUGCUUUAUGCUGGAUCCGGCAAUUGGGGAGUUCAUUUUGGUCAACAGAGACGUAAAAAUAAAGAAAAAAGGAAACAUCUUCAGCCUCAAUGAGGGAUAUGCGGCAUACUUUGAUCCUGCUGUCACAGAAUACCUUAAGCAGAAGAAAUUUCCUCAGGAUGGUAGCUCCCCAUAUGGAAGCCGAUACAUAGGUUCUAUGGUUGCUGAUGUGCAUCGUACGCUGGUGUAUGGAGGAAUCUUUCUGUAUCCUGCCAAUUCAAAGAGUCCCAAGGGAAAGCUGAGGCUCCUGUACGAAUGCAACCCCAUGGCUUUCAUCAUGGAGAAGGCUGGAGGGCUGGCGACAACAGGCAAAGAGGCAGUCCUGGACAUUGUGCCUGAGAACAUUCACCAGCGUGUGCCCAUUGUCUUGGGUUCUCCCGAUGAUGUGCAGGAAUACCUAGCCGUGGUCAAGAAGCAUUCUACCAAAUGAAGUGGAGAAAGCAGCUGUUGCAUCUCCGACUAAAGUGCCUUAACCUCGGACCAAAGACCGCACUGCAGCAGUUCUGACUGUGAAGCCAUGGAUUGAGUUGUUGCAAAAGAGCCACAAUGUCACUGUACACAAAAAGUGUGAUUGAUACCUUUUUUCACUGUGCCAUUAAAAUAAAAUAAAAGAAAAUGG